GGCCCAUGGAAAUGAGGGAAAUGGACAUGGAUCAAAUAGAAACAUGUUGAGAAGAAACAUUGUAAAUCUGAAAGCAAAUUUUGAACUGCAGAUGACAAGGAAAAUGAUGAAAACCCAGAAGACAACACUGCAGAGAAGAGCAUUAUUAAGGGAGGGCAAGAAAUGCUGAUGAACAGUAAGCAACAUCAUCUCUAUGUCAGGCAUUCUGUGACCCAGAGAAAGAAAAAAGUAUGCAAAGUAGGUUCAACCACCUUCUUGAUUGGAAAGACACCCAAAGGAAUACGCAGGACACAAUUUGAGGAAAUGGUAUCCCACUUUAAUAUGGGAUCAGUGAAAGACCUUGCAGAACAUAUUGCAAAAGCUACCUCAGAAACAAGGCAGAACAUGUUGAAGGAAUUCUAUGUUUCCAAGCAUCCAGAGGUGGAAUCUUUCUUCUCAGUUGAAAUACCAGCACGAGAUUUAUGUGACUGUGAGGGAGGACAACUGGGUACAGCACAGUCUAGAAAAAGAAAAUCCUUUGUUAAUUUUGGAAGUUCAAAGUCUAGGCCUUCAUUGACUGAAGGACUUCUGAGCAGAACUACAGAGACACAGGCCCAACAGACAUGUAAGGGAGGAGCAGAGAAGCUUCCCAAUGACUGCUGCUCACGAGAUGUGUUUGUUGAUGCAAAAUGUAAACAGUCACCCACUGUUGCUACUCAACAUAUCGAAAGGAGAAACAGUCAGGCAUUCAAGGAUUUUAUGGCAUCUGGCUCACUAAACAGUAAAUCAGAGGUGCUGCCUGUCAAAAGUUGUGAAGGACAGCAGGAGUCAGAGGGAACACAGCUGCCAAAAAAAAGAUCCCUGUCUCAGUCAGAAAACAGAGAGAGAAAAGCUCAGAUUUAUAAGAAAAAGUCUUUUACGGACUUACUCGGAGAUACCUCUAUUCUCAAUGACCUCUUCAGAAAUGAUGGAAAUGGGCCUGCAGGAUCACCGAGGAGAUUCUCUUCAGGGCAAGUAGAAAAAUCAAAGGGGAAACCAAAAGAUUUCUGGGAUAUGCUGAAUGAGCAGAAUGAGGAGAAGCUCAGCACGCUCACGGACAUAGCAGUCAUACAGAAGCUGUGUGAAAGAGCACCUCGCUCCACAGUGGCAGAAGAGACAGAAGUGUGUGAAGGUUCUCUUUGGAAAAAAAAUGAAAAUUUUCUAUGGAAAAAAUAAGGUGCAGGUGAUUCAGAUGAACCGUCCAGUGCUAAAUCUUGUAAUGCAGUAAAAUGAAAGUUUGCACUUUAAUUAUUUUAGUUGAACAUUGAAGAACUUCAGCAGUAUGGAAUAAAACAUUGUAACUCCAUGAAAUUAAAGGCAAAAUGAUGAAUUCAUAUCUAUAGUGAGAGAGAAUUACAUUUUACAGGUCUGACUAUGUAUGUAACAACAUGCAAAUAUGUAUGUAAUUACAUAAUCAGUGUAUACAUAUGGGCAUAGUAAUGCAUAUAGACUAUAUUGUAAGCUGUGAUAUAUUAAUUUUAAAUUAAACUUUUUUUAGGAUUUUCUGAGU